AGUAGGGAAUGGCGAGUGUGUUUUAUUAUUUCUCCAGUGGCGGAGGCAAGUAGAUUCUUGCUAGGAUUUGUUUUCAGACGAAUGUAAAUACCAAAGCGACAUAAGAAGUCGUCUCUAGUCCACUUGAUGAUACUUACUUUCUGCGCACACGAAAUUUAUGGGAAUCAGGCACCAGGUACGGGUAAGGAUGAACAUGAAUCACAAUGAAUUGCAUACGCGACUAGUUGCAUAAAUCCAAAUUCAUGGCCGAAGAAGCGGCAUCUUUCGGGUGCGGCGAGCCGCCGCUGAAGCGCGAGGAAACAGACCUGUACGAUCUGGAUUGGAGAUGCGAUGCCUGCGGAGGAAAUGCGCUUUGCCCGAACGGGGUGCGAUUUCGCAAGAAGAUAUGGACGCUCGGGAGCAUAACGGAGGAUCAUGGUACUGACGCCGACGCCGAUCCCAUCCAGAUCUGCAUGCGGCUGGACAAAAAUGCCACAGUGCCUUGCCUUGAGUUGGUUUUCCUCACCAAAUCCGUGGAGCGGCACCGCCGGAAGCAACAAAGCGAAGCCGCAGGAUACCUGCUCUUUCAAGUCGAGGGGCUCGAUCAUGGGGAUCACGGCAUCAUUGCUGACGAGGCUGCGACAGUAGAACCUGAGUUGUCGGACGAUCGUGAAGAUCCUAAAACCAAAGACGUCGGCGCAACAAGAUUUUUGUCCACAGGACAGCAUCAAAAUGUCGCGUUGCUGCUCCGCGGUCUAAAAGUGGAGGCGAACAGCAGGAAAUCCGGUUUGGGCGUCGACUUUGUCAAAAGCUGGAUUUCCUUCUGCGAGAAGGUUGAAGUGGAGUGCGGCACAAAAAAAAUGGACAAACCGGUCCUGUCUUUGGUGCUGCAGAAAGCCGGAAUGACGCCGGUCAAAGACACGGUGGGCGUGUAUGUGCUAAAACCAGGGGAAGAAAUGAGGAAAACGUGGAUAGAUUGGUGCAGAGCCAUCGGAGGAGGUGAAACUUGCGACAACGAUUCCGCAGGCAUCAGUGCUGGUGCAGGGAGUUCUAUAGGCACCGUGAGAGAUGAAGAACAGCGCGAGGAAGUCGACCAUGGUGUAUGCGCUCCAUCAGGAAAGCAACAGCCACGAAGUAAGAAAAGAAAAUGCGCCAAGCCGCGGUACGCGUAUGUAAACGAGGAAACCACUUUUCUCUACUCCCCCAACGACCGACAGGCGCGCUCUAUCUACGCACACAGCUACCUAAAGACCCAGAAUCUCGUGCUUUUUACGCCAAGUCAUACACCGAGUGUCGAGGAUAUGGCGGGCGAAGGAAAAUUCGCUUACGUGAAUACCGGGUUUGAGGUUGGUGUACAGCACCAAACCCAGCAGAACGAUUCGAGUCUGGGGCGACCACAGAGGACCGUGAGAUGGGAAGGAUUUUGUGGUGCCUGUUUUCGGGCACAAAUCUUGCACACACUCACAGCAUGGCAAACGAGAAUAGGAAACCUUUGAAACGAUUACAGGGGUAUUGAGCGCGACUACAACUUCCAGCGACAUACGCAUAAAAGAAAG